AUGGCUCCCGUAGACAAUGAAGUCAAAGGCAGACUAGCUUUGGUCACAGGUGCUUCUGGAGGCAUUGGAGGAGCCUGCGCCAGAGAGCUUUUUGCCAACGGCGCUCGUUUGGCUCUCACUUGUUCAUCCGAACGUACUUACAACAAGAUCACCGAACUCGCUUCGGGAUUGAAGAGUGCCGCAAACGAAGACGUCAAGAUCUCCUGCCAUGUGGUAGACAUGUCCUCCACCAAAGGCAUCGAGAAGCUCUUCGAGCAGAUCAAAGCCGAACACGGUCAAACUCCCGACAUUCUGGUGUCCAACGCCGGCACAGCGGGCUUCGGCAACAAAGCCAACCCCUUCCUCGAGAACAUUUCCCUCGAGGAGUUUGACUUCACUAUCAACACCAACCUUCGGGCCUCGUUCCUUCUGUGUAAGCUGGCCGUCCCGCACAUGGCCGCCCAACAUUGGGGCCGCAUUGUCUUCGUGUCGUCCAUCUCUGCUAUUGGCGGCGGUAUCAACGGCUGCCACUACGCCGCCAGCAAAGCGGGUCUGACAGGCAUGAUGAAGAACCUGGCAUCCAAGCAUGCCAAGGACGGAAUCACUCUGAAUGAUGUUGCGCCGGCGAUGAUUGGUGACACUGGCAUGAUUCCUGACGAGAAGCGUGUCGAGGGCACUCCUGGCGAUGUGAAGAAUAUCCCAGUUGGAAGGCUAGGAACACCACAGGAGUGUGCGAAUGUUGUCAUGAUGUUGUGCAAGACUGGUUACUUGACAGGGCAGAGUAUUUUGCUGAGCGGCGGACUAAAAUGA